AAGUUGUCUGACUCCUCCCACACACAAAUGGCGGCUUCUGCAGUGUGUUUGGGCUGUGUUACACGGAGGGAAAAGAGCGCGUUUCACUCUAAAUAAUAUGCUGAAGAUGACCUGAGAGAUUUUAAGGACGCAUUUUUAUUUUCCUCCAUUUAAAAUGAAAAGUAGCCUCAAGCAGCAUAUCAACUCUAUGGUGAAGGAGCUCAUUCCACUCGGUGUUCCUCGAAGAUACAGUGCUGAUGAGACAAGCACAACUCAACUGGCACCAUGUUGCCAAUUUCAGGAAACUGGCGAGAAGCAAGUUAAUGUGCAGGAAUCUUUAAACCCACUGCCAAAACCCAUGCUUCCUAUCAAAAGCUCAGUGCUUGAGCAGAAGAGUAUAUCUGCUGUAGCCUCUUCUACAGGCUCCAGAAAAGGCUCUGGAGGAGGUCAGGGAAGUCUCCCCAAUGUGCUCUUGAGAAAACUGCAACUGGACGACAACAACAGUAGUCACUCCAUUAAGGAAGUGUCACUCCGACCUGCUACUAAAAAAGACCCACUGAAGAAAACUUCGGGUUCUUACAACAAAGACAAAAACAAAGAAUUUGCCUGGGCUUUUUGUAAACAGUUAAAUGAGAAUCUCAAGGUUGGAAAGACCCUGUUGCACUCAGACAGCCUCCAUAAGCAGAGUCCUGUGCCUCGUACGCAUGUUUCAAGACCAGUUCCUGAGAGCCACACUUCAUCAUCCACUCAGAGAGGAGGCAAGCUUCCUGGCAGCAGUAUGGAGCAGCGAGGCCAGCACUCUGCAGAAAAGGUGGACAAGCUACUGAAUGGGGGUCACAACUCUACUUUGCUCAGUCCUGUUUCACCAGAGCAGGAAGAAAUCACACCCUUCCAGGCAACUACACCAGCUGGUGUCAGAUCUCUGUCACUGAAGAGAAGAAGAGGGUCCAGUACGGACUCAAAGGGGGAGGGCAAGAGAUUAUGUCAGGAUAAGAGUAUUACUCCAACUUCUGCCAAUGUUGGUUCUUUUAGUCUAAAUGCUCAGAGUAUCAGCUCACCUCCAAAGUAUAUCAGACGUGCCUUCCUCAAGACGGGUAGUGAGAAAGGUUCUUUGUUACUAGUUGAGCGUAGUGGAAACAAAAGCAAAACAAACUAUGAUUCUACCUCUCUGUCCAGCAGUUUAGCUAGACAGCUCUUCAAAGAGCCAAGCAGAGAACCAAGGUCAGAGAGCUUCAACCCCCACUCAGAAACUCAGCCUUUUAAAACCUCUGGAACAGAUCAUCUGAGAGAGGAGAUACAGUCUAGUGAAAGCAAAUACAGUGUAGAUAGCUCAGUCUUCUCUAAGCAUACUCGGAAGUGCAGCAAUGAAGGAAGUUCACCUGCGUCCUCACACUCAAGUUCCUUACCAGGCCUUAUUGAUGACAUUAAGAUCAGCUCGCCUCUCCACCAAUCAGAACUUACAACUCCUGCCUCUCUUGAGCUUACUGACUCAAGAAAGGGUAAGGUAAAAACACCCAAAUCAGAUCCAGACACCAGCCCCAGAGGCAGCGUCCCCACCACAGCUACCAGGUGGAAUGGGAGAAGAGAGGAAGAAGAGAAGAUAGGUAGAGGAUUGAGCUAUUCUAUAGAUUUGGAUCUGGAUGAUGAUAUGGGGUUUGCACUGGAGAGCUGUGGUCUGAGCCUCAGCAGCAGCAAUAGCAGCAGUGAGGAGGACCAGCUGAUGCCUCUGCAAGAGAUCCUGAAGCGCAGUGCACAAGUACCCGACACCCCUGGCAGAGAAGCAUUCUCUGAUCCCGGCACACCACUCGCUAAAGCUGCACAGGUGGAUGUGAAAAAUAAAGUUACAAGUUACAAGAACACACUGGAGCAAAUGCUGAAGGAGAAAGAGCAGAAUCAAAAGUCAAAAGAGCUUGAGAUGCAGUUGCUUCAGUCUUGUAAAGAAGACCUUUUGAAACUGGAAGAAGAUGAAGAGCAUGCAAAUGCAGAGGCGGCACUUUCACUUGAACAAAAGGAAUUUUUACAGAAGUUCUCAGUUACCUCAUGUGCUAUCCGUGACCUCCAUCCUGGAGAGGAAGUUUUCACACUGGCCAAUUUUGGCAGACUCUUCAAUCACUGGAGUCUGGACCUGAGGAAGAUUGGUGUGACUCCAAAUACACUUCCCCAGCAGACCCUGCUGCAAGCUCGCACAGAGCAUGUCCUGCUGCUACUGACUGCAGGUUUAUUUAGGAGAGCAUACUCUUCAUCCCCUUGCCAACCUCAGGUCACACGCUGGCUCUUUCAGAUGAUGUCAGUUCAUCCAAACCCCAGUACCUGUGCACAGAUUCUGAAGACCAUGACGACCAUUGCCUUAUCUGCUGCUCAGCACAUAGUGGAAAACAGCAAAAAGAAGUUCAAAGUGUGGGUGCCCAGUUUACAGGAUGUUGCACUGGUCUUCCUCAACAUGGGUGUUUCAUACGUUAAUCUGUUUCCUCUGGAGGCUCUCCAACCCCCUUUUACUGAGGGGGAUCUGCUGGAGGAUUUGGAAAUCCAGCCUGAUGACACAAGAACUGAGAAGAAGCGUGACAACUUUCCAGAGCACAAUUUUGAGAGUAUUGUCAAGUACCUGGCGCUGUGUGCUGCCUUGUGUCCAAGAGCAUACACUGAUGAGGAACUGCUGUUACUUUUGACGCUGGUGUACAGAGUCAGCCUGGAGACCUGUUUAAAGCUGCUACCUACAGGAGACCUUAGCUGCCUGCUGCAACACCUCCUCAACAACAUGACACAGUGGGAAACACAGUUGCCUCAGGUUUGCCAGGCUAUCACUGAUCUGACUGAGGAUCAUCAUAACCUCAGACGUCUGGUUCAGCUCUUGCCUCAUAAUGGCCGGGGAAAGCAACUGAAGAGGCAUCUGAGUGUGUCAAUCAUCUCCAAACUUUUAAAUCAUAGAUGCACUUAUACACCUGCGUGCACAGAAUUCCAGCUGUCUGAUUUGAGGAGUUACUUGCCUCGAAUGCGUCCCUCCUCCUUGUUGAAGAGCUUUAUAGCUGCACAGAAAGAACAACAGGAAACUGAUGGCUGUGCCCCUACUCCAGACCAGCAGGCGUAUUAUCUCUGCUAUAGCCUGUUGGCUUUGACAAACGAAGCUUCCAAUUAUGAGUUUUUACCAUCAAACCAGAGAAAUGAGCUGCUGCUGCUAUCUGCUGAACUGGAAAAACACAUUAAGUGCGACAUUAGAGAAAGUGAAAAAAUGCUGUACAGGAGUAAGGUAAAAGACUUUGUUGCCAGGAUAUACACCAGAUGGCAGGUGCUCCUCCAAAGAUCACGACCUCAGGAGGGGAAGCUGUAUGAUUAUUGGAAGCCUCUUCCUGAAGACGAGGUACCAAAUAACGAAGAGCGCGAGUCCACAGAGGAAGCAAAGCAAGAAGAAGCCACAGAGGAAGCAAAGCAAGAAGAAGCCACAGAGGAAGCAAAGCAAGAAGAAGCCACAGAGGAGCCUCUGAGUGAAGAUUCUGACAGUGUCCAGGAAGAGUGGGUGGAGGAGGAAAAUGAAGUGGCAGUCAAGAGCGAGGAAGAGCUAGAAGGGAGCGUUGGAGUGAGUGAAGAGGCGAGUGGAGAGCUGGAGGAGAUAUUGGGUGACACAAAAGUGGAGGAACAGUUGGUGAGGCUGGCUGAUAAAGAGGGAAAGGAGGAGAAGGGUGAGGAGGAGAUGCAUAAAGUGGAUAUGAACGAUGAGCUACUGGAAGAUGGAAGUCCUGAAGCAUUAAUGGAGGAGAGUGAUGUCGAGGAAGACAUGGUUAAAAGAGAGGAGGAGGAGGAGCUUCUGAAAGAUGAAGAACCUCUACAGAAAGAUGGAGAUCUUAUGAGAAACGAAAAUGAACAGGUGGAGAUGUUUGAGCUUUUAGACAAUGACUGGCUGUUGGAGGGUUAAAAGAAAGAGUUCAUCCAAAAUUGAAUGUACUAUUAGGUUAGAGAUAUACUUGCUUUUAGACACGCGUUCAUGUAUGCAUGAUGGCUGCCUCAGGUGUAAGAAAUGAAUAAGAUAUAUAUGUGAGUUGCAGUACAAACAAAUAAAGCCAGGGCAACAUUGGAUACGAAAACAGUGAUGAAGAAAGAUUACCUGUAUCUGUGUGAGAUAUUUUCUAUGCAGUAGUUAAAGUGAAAAGUUUACAUGAAUGCGUGGCUAAACAGCAAGUAUAUAAUCUAGCUCUAAUGCCUUUAUGCACUACCUGAUUUUCUAUAUAGUGACAAGGUCCAGUUUUUCACUGAUAUUUUGUGAUAUUUCAGGAAAUUGGAUAAAUAUUAAUGGGCGUUUGGCUUUUGUGAACACGCCCAAAGGUAAAUUAUGGGGCAUGGCGGUGGACUAAUAGCUCUUUUUUUAAACGUGUGGUGACGAAACUCAGAGAUGUGCGUCUGGACGGGACUAAAAUUACUGGAGGUCCAUGGAGUUCAUCAAAAAACAGUAUGUAAUUCAGCCUGUAAUUUUCUCAGAGAAAAACAUGUUCAUGGCCGUUACAGACGAGAAUAAAAUCAAUAAAAUCAGAAAAUUACCCCAGGAUCCCCUGAAAAAACUAAUCCUGUCCAGAUAGGGCUUUAGUUCUGGUAGCCAAAGGCAGUGUUUCUUAACCUUGGUCCUGGAAGCACUCCAGCCUGCACAUUUUGGUGGAUUCCUUUCUUGAACACACCCACUGCAAGUCUGGAAAUCUUGUUAAUGAGCCGUUUAUAGUUAAAUUAGGUGCUCUCGGAGAAAGGAACGCACCAAAAUGUGCAGAAGAGCUUUCCUCCAGUACCUAAUAUGUUUAUUUGGAUGAUGUUAUUUAGCACCUUGUGUAAAGUAGUAAACCUGAUGCACUCACUGCCUUACCCCUGUGGGCGGUGACUCACAUUCAGUCAACGGUUUAGAGGCCCAUUGCGCAUUAACUUUCACUGAACUUGGUGAUGGUGUAGAUGCCAAAACUGUUCUUUUAUUUUUCUUCACAAAAUGCAAUAUGGAUAGGUUUUCUGUCCUUCGAUGCAACGCACACUCCUCUCUCUCUCUCUCUCUCUCUCUCUCUCUCUCUCUCUCUCUCUCUCUCUCUCUCUCUCUCUCUCUCUCUCUCUCUCUCUCUCUCUCUCUCAGGCUCAGGCUUUUUGCUCUAUCUAGCUGCUAGCUGCUCUAUCUAGCUGCUAUCUAUUGUUAGUUUACUUUUACUGGUGGUUGACAUUUUUUCCUGUCUCUCUUUUUAAAUAGAAAUAAUAUAUGUCAAUUCAGAGACUGCCAAUUUUUUGCCAUUUAAUUCAAACUGUUUAGUACUUCUGUCCAUCUUAGACUUAAAUAUUAUUGCGUAGUUUUAGUCAAAUGUACAAUUUUUUAUUUCUAAUUUUUCCCAUUUUCUCCCCAAUUUACACGGCCAAUUACCCAACCCAUUCAUUAGGACUCCCCCUAUCUCUAGUGAUACCCCAACACACCAGGAGGGUGAAGACUAACACAUGCUUCCUCCGAUACAUGUGAAGUCUUCUUUUCGAGCUGCUGCCGAUGCAGCAUUGCCGAGCAGCCAGCUCGCUUGGAGGAAAGCAUAGCGGCUCGGCUCUGGUACAUCAGCUCACAGACGCCCUGUGCUGCAGGCAUUACCCUAGGAGUGAUGUGGGGAAAGAGCGCCAUCUACCCACCCAGAGGGAGCAGGGCCAAUUUUGCUCCCUCUAACGCCGGCAGCUUGAUGGCAAAGCUGCAUGAGCUGGGGUUCGAACCGGCGACCUCCUGCUCAUGGUGGCAGCGCUUUAGACCGCUGGACCACUCUGCGCCCCAAAUGUACAAUUUUAAACAACAUAUUCACAUCAUUGAAAAGUCGGUACAAUUUAAAGCACUUUCUGCAUUUCAAAAUAAAAGAAUGUUAAACAAUUUAAUAGCCAUAUAGUUUUGUUUCCAUUCAGCCAUAUGCAAACAGAAAUGAUUAAUGGCUCUAGCAUCAGAUGUUAGAUGCAUCUAAUACAGAUGUACAGAUGUAAUUUUAUUUUUUAACAUUUAUAAUAAAAUAUAACUUAAUUCGUUAAUAAUUAAUCUGCUUGUGGUCUACCUGUAUUGUCUUCGGAAGUUAUUUUAGAAAACGGAGAAACAUUGUCCAGCACAUCUGCAAAUGGAAACUGUAGCAUUGAGUUCAUGGUAAAAGGACUGGGUUCCUUGCUUGAAGGAUUUCAGAUUAAUCUAUCUAGUGUUGCCAGUUCCAUUAUAUGGUGGAAGACGGUGGUGUGAUGGAAAAUCGCAUAAAAAGACAAACUCAUCCAUCACUUGUCUUCUUCUGUACCUGAUGAUAUACCUAUGCUGGUCAUACAGCAGUAGAUAUGUAAAAUUCCCCUUCUGAUUUGUUUCAUUUUUCUACAGUUUUUGGAAUAUUUUAGCACUUUUUGUUGGCUGUGUUCUUUUGUUUACAGUUGUUUCAUUUUGUUUAUUGAAAACAAGUAAUUUGUAAGUUGAGAGAACUUAAUAAAGUUUUGUAUUAAA